CUUCCUGAACAUGGCGCCCAUGAAUGAGUUUGUUUUCAUUCGUUUUUGUGCAGUCAUUGUAUUUUGUGGCCUUGUGUAGUGGUCAAAACACUGCUUAUCUCAACAAUGAUAUCCCCUUCUGCUCUGAAUAUGUUCUCGCCUUCGUCCGCUAGUUCUGAGGACAUAGGCUCGUCGUCUUUAUUUCCUUCUCUGGACACGGGCGGGUUGUCAACAUCUGGUAUCACUUCGGAAGAGGUCGAAGAACAGCCAGAGGACGACGAAUCGGAAUAGUAAGUAGUGCGGUUACUCGAAACUAAUCACAGAGUGCACCCAAAGUUGUAUAGCGCAGUGUCCGAGUCGGUAAACUAUUCCCUAGGCUAUCAGCUGUUUGAGGUAUAAAACGUCCCGUCGUCCAGCUGUCUUACCACCUAGUUUAGUUUAGUCGUGUUUCAGUUGAUAAUCAGGCUUUCGUUACUCUAAGGGCAUCCUCACUCUAUAUAUACAAUUCAAGCAAGUACACGCGUAAAAUGACGAGUUUGAUACUUUCCAUUUCAAACCCUUAUUAAACCUGAUAUCGAUUAAAAAAAGGUCUUAUUUGAGCAUUUCAGUCAAUGAAGAAUUUUAAAAUUGUACAGUAAUUAAUGCUAUGAAUAUUUUUAUUCAUUUUAACUUUUGGAGGAGAUUAAUUUUUGUUAUUACUUCUAUUAUUAUUAACUUAAUUAUAUUUAAUUAUGUAGACGUCUUGCGUGAUGGCACCCCUAUUGCAAGACUAGAAAUUUUUGAAUAAAGUUUGAAUAAAGGUUGAACCUUUACUGGUCCUGCAAUGGGGAUGCCAACAUGCAAGACUUUUAAGUAUCAAAUAAAUAAAAAUUAAAUUAAAAAAAUUAAAAAAUUAAAUUAAAAAUUCAAUAAUGAUAAUGAUAAUGAUAAUGAUGAUAACAAAAUCUCCUACAAUAGAUAAAAUGGACAAAAGUAUUUACAGCAUUACAAUAUUAAUCACUAAAAUACUCAAAUAAGAAAUUUUUGAAUCGAUCAGUGGACUUACCAGGUGAGUUACUGUUAACAGUUUCGCUUGGUAACGCAUUCCAGUCCUUGACAGUUGUAUAGAAAUAGCUAUUCUUAUAUGUUCUCAGUAUUUGGUAGCAGUUCAAAAAACUCGUUCUGGCUAAACUUCAUAAAUGUCCUCUAGGCUUCAUAACAUAGUCUGCGAAAGCCAGGCUGCUAUCAUCAUGAAUUGCUUUGUGGAAUAAGGUUAACCAUGAGAUUAUUCUUUAUUCCUCCAGUAGUAUCCAGUUUAACUUGUUCAAGAAUUUUGUAACUGUUUCUGGUUCCUGUGUAUAACAGUUUUUAACGAAGUGUGUGGCCUCUGUAUACCCUCUAUUAAUUGUUUGACAUGUUUUUUUUUAAGUGUUGUUUGACAGAGAAAUCUGAGUGAUAUAUUGCUUUCGUGACUUUGUUAUUUACAUGCUGAAUCCAAAAAAAAAAAAAUGUCGGCAAAUAUAAUUGAUUUUUUUUUCUGUUGUUAGUUGUGAUACAACUGAAACAUCUAAUGCAGAAUUAAUGGAAAAGACCCUUUUGGAGUUGUCAGAGGUAAUUCAAUGUAUUAAUUGCUUUGGUAUAAUUUAUGUUAUACUAUAGGUCAAAAUGAAAUUCAGUUUAAACUGGUUUCACCCUAGGUUGAUUUUUGAUUAUUUCCUUUGUCUCCCAGCCAAAAUAAUUCACAACUAUGAAUAAUAAAGAGAAUGUUAGCGUAAGUAGACAGACUCCAUAAGUUCUUAGCUUUUUGGUGUGCCUGCAGUUUUUCUUAGCUUAAUGCAUGGUAUCACUCUCAGUGUCGUUCAGAGAUCCUCAAAUUUAAUUUCCUGGAUAAAGUAACUUUGGGUGUCCAUUUCUUUCAUUACAGUGCCAGCGUGCAAAGAAAGUUGCUACAGCUUGCCCGGAUGGCAGGCUGUAAAACUGACUUUCUUUGCACCCUGAGUGCACUGAGUGUAGGCAAAGAUUAAAUUGUUGAAAAAAAAAUGUCAAAAAAGGGUUGGUUUCUCAGUGUUACUUCCCUUUAGGCCCAAACAGACUCAGCCAGAGAGAUUUUGCUCAUAUUUAUUUUGUGAAUAUGUUUUGCAUGCCCUGAGUUGGUUUGAAGUGAACAUCCAGAUCUCUUGGUCUAUUUUUGUUGCCUAGCAUGUGAUCGAAAAGUCUACCCAAAAUAAAUUCUGAUGUUAUUUGAUUUAGAAUUUUGCUUUCCAGAAUUAAAGACAGUUGAAUCUGUCGAAAGUUUGUGGUAUUUACAACUUUGGUAGAAGAUUAAUGGCAUCUAUUUGCUCACUGUUUUUUGAUAACAUCCACCUGACCGAAUGUUUGUAGAGGUCAAAACACUGCUUAUCCUAACGAUGAUGUCCCCUUCUGCUUUGAAUAUGUUCUCGCCUUCGUCCACUACAUGUAGUUCUGAGGACAUACCCUGACGGGGGUUGCUUGGGUUAAUUUUUGCUGGGUAUGUGCCACUGGCCUCUCAGAACACCUACCCCGUUAUAUGUGUAGUCUAUUCUGUGGCCAAAUGUAAACCCCAUGUUAGCGAUCCCAAUUUAGUAAUUUCUGUUUAUGCAUCCACCUUAUAAAGCCUUUUAACUUGAUCAUCCUAAAAUGAAUUGAUACAUUGGCCAAACUCAAUGAACUAAAAUCUUCCCAUUUUUAAACCCUACCUACCUGAAUUUUCUGAUCCCUCAAACCUGAAAAAAUUUAAUGUCCAAUCCCAUUCUAGUAACUCUAACAAAAAUGCAGGCCCAUUAUAGUCAAUCCAGUUGUGAAAAUAUGAUCCCAUCCAGCGGCACAUCCCCAUUAGCCUACAGGUUACUAGGAAACUUCACUUGUUCAUCAUUUUCUUUGUUUUCAUAACAUUUUUGUUUGAUUGAGCAGGCUUUUUGUAAGGAAAUGUGGCGUUCGGCUUUGUAUGUGUACAAUAAUUAGCCGUAAUGUAAUUAUUUUGUUUUCUGUAACAGCGCAUUUUACUUCAGAAUGGAGGAAAAUUACAUGUUAAAGAUAUUGGUGAUGGAAUUGUUGAAAGUGGCCUUGUUCCCCCCAGGUUAGUGUUCUCUGUGACAGUGUACUGUUGAUUUUCUUUAAGGGUAACAUGGUUCGUAGAAUCUUGUAAAGAUCAUUGAAUUUUACUAGUCAUCUUGAAAAGUCCUUGAAUUCAGUUAAGGUCCUUGAAAAGUACUUGAUUUCUUUAUUAGGUCUUAAAAAGCCCUUGAAAUUCACUACCUUGUCUAUGCCAACCACCCCUUUCUGUAAAAUAAGAUUAUUUUGCUUCUCAAGGAAAAUUUGGCUCAUCCUUGGUGUAAGCCAAUAGGGUGAUCAAAAGGGGGUUAAAGAAUACUGAUUUAUUAUAUAAAUCUUAGUCCUUAAGAAUUGUAAUUUGUCCUUGAAAAAUCCUUGAAAAGUCCUUGAAAUUUUUUUCUGUCUGAAGUUGUAUGAACCAUGGGGUAAUAAUGUCUGCCUUAUUCAUGUAGCCCUUUUUCCACAUUUGAGUACCUCAAAAAUAAUUAGACUACUCAGAAAUACAUGUAGUCCAAUUUUUUUUGUAUUCUAAUGAAUUACUGGCAUACUCAAAAAUGAAUAUGUUAAUAUUUGCAUCAUUCAUCAGAUUUUUCUGAAAGGCUUAGAACUGAUGGCUCUCAUGGCAGUUAAAUGAUUAAGCUCAGACAAUUAUGAUUCCUCCAUUUUCUUGGCAAUUACAACGGUAAAGUGCAUGAGUGCAAGAUUUUUGAUUGUAGUUUGCUUUGAUUAAAAAUUUCAGGUCAAAGGCAUUAAACAGUCUUGAAGCAAUUCUCUAUCGUGAGGUCAGUUGGUAUUUACUUAGGAGCCACGACGUCAGAAAGAAACAGGAUGUUUACAUGUACAUGUAUCUCAUUUUGACAAUAAUUGUUUUGUGUGACUACAGUUGAACCUCCAAGUGCAAGUUCCACCUGUUGUAAGCGACAACCUUUCAUAAACGAUCAACCAUCAAUUCAAAACACCAAACUUUUCCCAGUCAAAACCUCAUGGUUGGAACUUCUCAAACCACCUGUUUUAAGAGAUUGGGACCUUGUUUCAGUGCUGAUGGUUUAAUAAUUUUCUAUAGCUUUUUACCCUUUUGUAAUUUACCACUUGACACAUGGUGGGAUCUCUAUGUUUGCUGCAUGUAUUAUGCUGCUUAGAGUACUGUAUAUGAAGAACUUUUAGCAACAACAUGGAACUAUACACAUACUGCAGCUUUAGAAUAUGCAUGCAUUGAUCUAUCUUCCAAGAAGUAGAUGUGUCCAGACCUCUCUUCUGAGGAGCCUCUGUGGUUCACAUUAACUGUAUUAAAAUAAUAACUCAAGACAAGAAAAACAUGAAAAAAAAAUGGACCAAAAGCGCUUAGUACUAACACUUACUUUUGACAAUUUUUUUGUAGACUUUCCGUGAAGGAUCCAGAUUUAAAAGAAUUGAUAAUCGUUUUGGAUGGUUUGCUUUGAUGGUGAGACCUUCAUGACUAUGAAUAAGUAGGUGUAUAUCCCCAUGUGCACUGUAAAGGAGCUGUUCGAUGAAAAAUAAGCAAAUCUGGCCACCAGAUUGAGUGAAAUAAACAAACAGUAAUACCCACCCCAAACAGUAAGGCAACCUUUGAGUACCUCAGCAAAUGCAAUAUUAUUAUGGUAUACAUGUGGAUGGUCAAGAUCGAAGAUAAUAACAAUAUAUUGUAAUGGUAGUUUUUGGAUACUGUUCAACCUCAAUUUUUCAAAGUUGAGUCUUUUUUUUCAUAAUUUUUAAAAUAGAUGUUUAUUUGACGGAUCACAUAUUCUGCAGGUCACAAUUACAGGUCACGGUUUCACAUGUAAACUAAGCUAAAUAGUUUCUUCUCAAUCAAAAACAGCAUUUUGGAUCAAUGGAUUUCAUUAAGGCUAGGAGAAAAGUUUGGUCUGUAUUCUGAACUGUGGAUUUGGAAAAAAGUCUGCUGUUCAAAAUAGCCCUCAGGAAAAAAAAAAUGUUGGUUAUGAUGCUUGAUUUUGCCAUUUAGAAGUAAUAAAAAAAACUUUGGCUAUGAUUCAGAUUCAAAGUAUGACGUGGUCCUUUAAUCACACAGGAAGCUGACAUUGAUGAUGAUGACGAUGAUGAGUCCAUGGAUAAUGAAAAUGCCGAGGGAGAUGACCAGGUAUUGCCUGUCAAAUUUUAGUAUAAUCUCAAAUGACCAAUUACUUGCUUCUUAAUCCUUUAACGGCUAGACCAUGUUAUGGCCAGGUUAUCUGACUCUCAAGUUUUAAAUCUGUGGACGAAAUCUUAUAGUGGUACCAUUCAAAUGAAAUGUCUUUGGUAGUAAAUUUGUGUGAUACUAUAAUAUUAUUACAAUUCUUAGGGAAGCUUUCUUUGUCCAGUAAUAGAAACCUGUGAAAAGGUUUAUCCAGUUGAAUGGACCGAAACAGCAUUGUCUACAUUGUAGUUGUCAAAGUGUUGGAAUGCAGGGUGCAAAGAAAGUCAGUCAUUUUUAAAGCUUGUUCUUCAGGCAAACUGUAACUAGCAUGUACUAGCCCAAGAGUCAUUUCAACUUGCCCAAAAAAACUUUGAUGAACGGAUUGAUUACAGUUCUUCUAUAAUUUGGAGGGUGGUGUCCCACCCAGUUCUCCAAAUCCUCACCUCUUUUCAGACCAAAAAAUGUCUUUUUUCACACCCUUUUUCAGACCUAGCCCAUAAGAAAUUAUGUCAUCAUUACUUAGAUUAGAACAACAACACAAAAAGAUUUCUUAAAAUCCAUUGCGGAUUUGCACAUUUCUCUUUUUUACUUACUUAUUUGGAACUGAAAUGAUAAAUAUGUUCAUACAUUCCUGUGUUUUCCUCGAAAACCACACCCGAUUCCAGACCUAAAUGGGCAAAGUCUAUACCCAUUUUCAGGCCAAAAUCGGGCAAGAGCCAUACCCUUUGGGUCAGCACAUGGCUUAUAUAAGGGAGUACCCCCUCCCCCGACCAAGGAUUAGGUAGUAACCUCAUUUGUAACAGAUUUGCAUGUUGCAUAUUAAUGUCAUGGUGCUGUUUAACACCAUUUUGUUCUCUGUUGAUCACAUGCAGUCUGUUAGAGCUUCAGCAUCAAAACACCCUAUUGACUACAAAAGGAAAUACCUUGGAAUAAAAAGAAUGGUGAAACAACUGGUGUUUGUAUGUAUUGUUUUUUAUUUCUCCUAUUUUUUUUGGUUAAUCAACUUUUUAGUAACUUUAGUGAAAACAAAUAAUCUUGUAUAAUUUGUAUAAUACAUGUGCACGAUAAUAGACAGCUAAUUUAUACACUAAUUACAGUACGCAGUGAAGUAAAAAGAAACCAAAAACAAAAGCAAGCAAAACAAAAACAGAACAUUUACAUACAUUGUGUAUGGUGGGCAUGGAAAAAGUAUUACUAUAGAAGAAAGUUUUACUGAAUAGAGAAGAUUUCAGAUAAUAUUAUUAUAAUUAUUGUUUGAACCGCUUAGAAGCAUUUUCGUUUGGAAUUAGGGGAACACAGUCACAUCAAGCUAAGAGUCUAUUUUAAGCUGAAUAAUUAACUUGGUUAUAAAUUUGGAUGUAAAUAUAGCUUUAUUUUGCAUUGUUUUGCAUGCAUAUAGUGGUACUGUUUUACAUACUUGUUUAACAGGAGAAGAUGCAAGUCCUUUAGCUGUUUGAGAAAAAUCUGUAGCGAAGUUUUCUCCUAUUUUUGUUAGGUGAAUAGAGUGUGGGGUGUGGCUGGUUACAUGUCGCUUGAUGUGGUUCAUAAACAAAAUCAUGGAAUGAGAAAGUUUUUACUUAAAAAUCUUCUUCCUGGUUGCACUCUUGUGGCAUCACUGCUUCACUGCUUCACUGCUUCACUGCUGUAUGACUAUGGCAGAGCUGCAAUAAUUUUAUUAUCCAGCAGUAAAGCUGUGAAGCAUUCUUUAAUAAUGUAAAAAGGACAUACAUGUAUGUCUGGUAGACAAAACAGAAAUCUGUCCUUGCUCAAACAAGGAUGCAUUACUCUUUUUACAUGUAAGCAAAAAUGUGCAGGCUUUGUGCAGGAUUUUCCAAUCAUGCUAGCCUGUUACUGCCAUAAUAUUCACCAAUGCCAUUAUAGUCACUGCACAAAUGUUUCGUCAUUUGUAUGAAAAUUCAACAACAACAACAAGACAUAGAGUAAGCCAAAAUGCUAUUUGCAGUGCACCAAAAUAAUUGUGUAGAAGAUUACAACAGAUAAUUAUCACAAAUAAUAAAUGAAAAGCUAGUUAUUUCUUGAAGUACGCAAAGUAGCUCGACCUUCUUGCUCAAAGGCCAUGCACAUGUGCUCAAUGUAGAUUUAAACCAUCUCCAAAAUGAUGCAUUGUCCAGUUAAAGCAACAGUUAUUCGCAGCUCUGCCACAUGAUUAAAAAGACUGUACAUGUCAGGGCCAUGAAACUUACAUGUAUGUCAGUCACUUUUGAAAAUAUUUAAGAGUCAAGCCAGGUCAAGCGUACCCCCAAAGAUAAUUCCAUUAAUGAAGUUAUCUUUCAAACGUUGAAUGUGUUAGAAGUUGUAGAUUUCAGGUUCAUCUCUGCAUUUAAUAUUCCUGCAUACAUUAUGAGUAGUGAAUUUACACACAAGGUAGUUAUGAAAUUUAUACCAGUUCAGUUUCCUUGCACUAACAUUUUUUGAUGUAAAGGUCUUUGAACCAAUUUUAUGCAUUCAAAGAUUUUCAAUCUGACCAAUUGCAAAGACUUGUUAUUGUGAAAAAUUCACUGCUCAUUGUGCAUGCAUGAAUGGGGAUUUGAAAAUGAUAUUGUUUGCAGCAACGACUAAUGGAUUCAUUUUUCAAAUGAUUGAUUCAUUAAUAGAAUCUAUGGUGGUACGCUUGACCUGGCUUGCCUGUAACAAUUCUCAUGUGAAACAAUAGAUUUUAAUUGUAUAUUUAAUUCUUAACAGUAUCUUAUCAAUUUAGGCUCUUUAUUAAUACAAGACAAUAAAUGAGUUUAAAUCAUCAUCAUUAUUAUUAUUAUUAUUGGUCUACUAGCUAAUAAAUGGUAUAGCUUGCUGUAGUUCAACUAUUGCAAUUUAAACCAUUUUCUAUGUUUUUAAAAUGUAACAUGCAUCUGGCAUGAAAGUUUCCGAGGUGAAAAUCAAGAAAGAAGACGUUAAAUAAAGUGAUAACGGUCUUAAAUAAUUUAAUGAGUAAAGGUGUCUUCCGAUUCUAAUUUUGUCAUAGAUUGAGGGAACGUAAUAGAUUGGAUUUUGCUUACUUAGGAUUAAUUGUCACUGUGUACUUGCUGUUAUGCAGGAAAAUGGAGCUCUAAGUGAUGAAAUAGUACGAACUGAGACAAAGCUUCAACGGGCAAAAGCUGAGAGGAAGUAAUGUUUUGCACUUUUAUUGUUUGUAGCAAUGUUAGAAAUGUGAUAGAGACAUUAAAGUUUGGGUCUUCCUGGUUAAUGCUUAUAGAAAUUACAUUGACUUAUGAUAAGUAGAAUUGAGCUGUAGAAUACUUGACUUGUACAGACACAUGUGGUGAUUUUAUUAGAAUAUUUCUUUUUAUGGCUGGACCUCUGCAAGUGGUCAAAGUAAAGCAAAUCUUAUAUACUGUAAGUUAUGAUUGGCAACUGGAACAACAAAGAUGUUUGCAGGGUACAGUCCCCAUUCUAGCUUCCUCCACAAGGAAAAAGUCUUUUGGUGAAUAAAUAAAUUAUUAUAAAACCUUUACUGUUCUAGCUUGUUUCAGUCAAGAUGGUUGGAUAUUGGUCUUGUUCUUGUUAUUUUUUUUCAUCUUUAUUGACCUUGGCUUGUACAUGGAGCUUUACCCUGCAAGAAGAACCACCUUUUGUCCUCUUGCUGGCGUGAGGAGGAGAAAAUGGAAACCCACUCUCUCUCUAAAUCAUUUCAAGCCUUUAAUAAAGUUGCUAGUGCCUUUACUUCUGGACUUGUCAAUCUUGUUUUCUUUUGACAUACUGUUUUUAAGUGAGCAUCCAUUAUUGGUAAACCAAUGGUCAUUACUGUGCCUGUUGUACCAAGUGCACAGCUAUUAGGCAUGGGUUCAAAACUAUUAUCCUAACAACAUGUAGCACAUGCUCAACUAAGAUCUUACUAGAUUCAUGCAGAGUCUUUCUUUAGUACCCCAAAAUCGAUGUUGCUACAAUGUUGUGCUAAACAUCAUUGUUGCAAAUCAUCCUGUGUAAAAUUGCCUUAAACCAUUUUGAAAAUAAACAAUCGACCAGAAAAUUAGUUGAGACAUGUACUUUUGCGCUAAAGGGGCUUUCAGACAUUCUACUGACUUCAAAAGAGGAAAAUUAUAAAGCUUUUUCUCCCCAAUCCCCUCCAUGCAAUGUCGUGCCACUGUUUGAGCUACGCAUAGAAAAUAACAAACACCCCAACUUUGUAUGGAGGGGAGGGGGAGGGGUGUGGAUUCUUUUGUUCUCUGAAGUUACCCUAUUUGAGUACAAUGUCUCAAUAAUUUUGUCGCCGAUUGUAGGUUAUAGUGAGUGAAUACAUUUCUUUAGCAUCGUUGUAUGACUACGGCAUGAAACUUCCUAAUUUCACGUGCCUGCUGUAUAAAGUAGAUGAACAAAACACAGUUUUGUUUUCUUUUUCUAAACUUAUUACAAAAUUAAUGCUCUCUCUUGCCUUUAAGGUUCAUUCUCAAGAGACUAUUUCAGUACCAAACAGCUGCAGAAGCUGGGGUUUUUCAGAUGCCUACCUAUUCUCCGUUCCCUCCAGACAUUCUACCACCUGUCGUACUCCCCCCUCAUGUUAUGAGCAAGGCUAAGGCUCCCAAGGUCAAGGUUAAAAGACCAGUGGCUAAGUCAAAGACUAGCAAAGAAGCCAAGGCUCCGACUGCAACAGCAGUGAAGGCUCAAAAGGCUGCAGCAGAUAUUACAGGUUAGUAGUGCUUUCAAUAGAGAGGAGAAGUGCGACGUCAUGUUACCAUGGUAGCAAAAUUUUUGGAUCACUACAAUAGGAAGCUUAAGCAACAAUGACGGCAAAAAAGCAACAAGUUUAGAUAGCAAAACAACAACUUUGCACGUGCAUCACACUUUCUUGUACAUUUCUUAACUGCUGUUGUACGACUAUGACCUGAAACUUGCUAAAUUCAUGUGCCCGCUUUAUAAAGUAGGUGAACCUUUUUUUCUUUUUCUAAACUUAAAUGCGGUCUUUUCAGAUUUAACUCCAGAAAAUUUAGCCAUCAAUGAGUCUGAAACAGUGCAAAUUCACUUUUUAAGUGAGUUUUUUUGGUUUGUUGUCAUCCAGAAAUUUUGCUACCAUGGCAAUAUGGCGUAAUGACUUCUCCUCUCGAUCGGUAACUUAAAUAAAUGUAGGUACAGAACUGUUAAGUCAUGAAAGCCCAUAUGGCCAGAGUUUAAAAGGCAAAGUUCCUUGUUUUACUUGGUAACUUGUAGUGGUACUUACGUAAACUGAAAAAAAUUGAGGCUGACACUGCACUCAUUUUACCCCCAUCUGUCCAUCACACCACAUUAUGUUUUGUUCAACAAUCAGAUUACAGUGACUAUUAAAGUUAUUGCAUUGUUUACAUCUUGAACAAAGACUGACGUUUUGUUUUGUGGCUAGGAGCUAAAGAUGUGGUGAAUGAAAAACCAGUAAAACAAGAAAAGAAGAAACCUGCAAAACCAAAGAAACCCAAAGCACAGCAAUCUGAAAGCUCUCAACCUGUGACUUCUGUCAUUGCUGAUGCUGUUCCUAAAAGUGCUGUAGCGACUGUACCAGGAAUUCCAUCUGUGAAACCAAAGAGAAAGAAACCGGGAACCGCUGUGAAGCGCAAAGUACAACCCAUUGCAGUGGAUCCCAAAGGUAUAAGAAAAGGUUUUGUGUCAGUAUCAUUUAGAAAAGAUUGCAAACCUGUUUAUAAGCUGCAUGGUUGUGUGUCCUCAUGUAAGGGAAUCCAAUUCAAACUAAGAUUUAGGAUUCCAGAUUCCAGAUUCCAGGUACUGGAUUCCAGGUUCCUUGUCAGUGGCACUUGGAUUCUGGAUUCCAAUCGUUAGUGGGAUUCCAGAUCCCUUGAGCUGUAUUCCAGAUUCCAAAGCCCAGGAUUUUGGAUUCCACAGGCAAAAUUUCAUGGAUUCCGGAUUCCAGAAUCCAGAUUCCCUAAUCUGGGGCGAAUCAUUAAAACUGAAAAUAAGACAGCUAAGCUUAUAUACACUAGCCUGUGAACAGGCUCUCUUGUAGAGGAUGUAGAGAAAGCUAGAAAAGAGAAGAAGACAGAGAUGCAAGAGGAGCCUCCUUUGCCUCAGUUAAAGAGUUUUAAGAGUUUAAGUUUGAGAGUUACCAUGAAACUUUGUUUAUUUUCAACCCCUUCAUAGAGAAUAGGGCUAUAAUCCUACUCAUGUACAUAAACCUAAGAAAGCAGCGAAUUAAAGAUUGUUCUUGUAAUUUUUUAAGGCAUUUUAUGUUUAGGUUGGGGGGAUUUGACAGCUUGUAAUGUAUUCUGAAGUGUGUUUCUAUGCUUACUCUGUGAUGAUGAUAUUAUUAAUUUUGUUGGUAGUACUCAUGGUUUUCUCUUAAACAGGUAAACCCAUUUUCCCAAUAGUUCUUGGAGGUCUUACUGUUCACAGUCUUGGCGAGGUGAGUCAUGUUCUCUAUGUGGAAAUACUUAGUUUUAUAUUAGAGACCAUUAGAAUCCAAGACCAAAACGAGUUCUUCCAAUACUAAGUAGUGCGCGCGUGUAAACCCGCGUCAUUUUGGCGGGAAAAUGCAAUAGGCGUCGUCAUUCUACUUUGGGGUUUUUAAACUCCAAAGUAAAAAACUUGAAUGUCGAAGUGACAGAAAGAAGUUAUCAAAUGUCAGAUUUUUUUUUUCAUUUUACGAUCGCGAGAGGGCUAAACUCCUUCAAUAACAAUUUGCGUGUUAACUUUUCUGGUGGAAAAAAAUAAAAUGAAGCUUUCCGGGGUGUCUAUUUUUUGAGAAUAGGCGAGAAAAACUUUAAGUUAAAUCUCGUCCUCUAGAAUCUAAAGGUCUCAGUUUUAAUUUCCGGUGACAGGGAAGUCAAAGAGCUUUAAAUACGUAGUUUUUUUUUUUUAGUGUUAAAAGUUUUGGCUGAAAGGCAAAGAUAUCAGUUUAGCAUUGAUCUUUUAAACACUGUGCCGAGUUUUGCUCUGUUUUAGCCAGUGCUAAAGGGAAAUUUUCUAAUACAGUGCCUUGUUUCUGUUGUUGGUUUGUAUGCGAUUUUGUUUCCAUUCUGCCAUUCUCAAUAGAAAAUAUCGAAAUGUUCUCUUAUUGGAUCAGCCAAUUGUAUUCUCUUGUAGCAACUCUUGGGAAAAAAAGUAUUCCGGUAGUGUUUCAUAUAGAUUGUCUACAACGACGUGGUUUCUCUUCUGAGCGUUUUAGUUGACUUCUCCGACUGAGCCAGUUGUCUUCUUAAGUGCUGACAGGAAAUUCGCAUUACGUAUUAUCUGUUUCAUAGAUUGUUCAUGAGCGACCUGGUUUCCAUUCUGAGCGGUACAUUUGGCCCAUUGGCUACUGUAGCUCCAGAAGUUAUCCUAGCAUGAAGAACCCUGAAGAUAAAUGCAUUUAUACCUGCAAAAUUCUAGAUGGAGGAUUUGGCCCUCAGGUAGGAAUUAAAAGAAAAGUUCUUACCAAAUUCAGGGGGUAUUUUGGGUAAUUUGUAAAGUUUCAAACACUCGCCAUAGCGUUUUUAGACUUGUCAAAGCGCUAUCUAUGACUUUGUUGAAUGCUUGAAAUUUUCCUAUAUUGUCAGUCUUUCAAUUUUUACUAAAAAAUAUUUUGUUCUAAUAAUAAGAGGAAAACGUUACAUCUAUUUCACUCUAUACAUGUCUUAGCGCCUGCUUUUGAGGUAGUGAUAACCUGUACACGGCAACUGAAGUUUCACUCUGGUUUGCUGCCAUUAAUAACCAGCGAGCCCUUUGAACGAGCAAUUUGAAACCCCAGUUUCGCUGCCUUCAAUAUUUCCUUUGGUGUUAGCAGUGAGCAUGGGUUAUUGUAGAUAUCCAGUUUUAAAGCCUAUAUUAUUUUUUUUUCUUCCACUGUUGCAUUAUAAAUUUCUCAUGAAACCAUCGUCAUGAUUACUUUAUAAUCAGAGUCGAACAUGACAAGUCUGUGGUAAGGCUACUGAAUCGAAAUUAAAGAAAUUUGUUACGUGAACGAAUAGGCUUCCAAGAGCCCUUUGGGAUUAUUGCAAGGACGAGUGUAUUGUACGCGCGCAAACUGUUCGUUUGCUUGAUCUUUGACUGAAAGGUUAAGAGGGGGGGGAUUCCGCAAACCUCCAUUUUUUUUAGCCUUCCUCCCUUUAGCCCUUUUUCGAUUGCGAAACAUUAACCAUUGUUUCGUAUUUUUCCGUAUUUCUCCAAUUUCCUACCCUUCUAGAACUUCUAACUCCCGACUUUUCCUCUCCCACUUUCCAUACCCCUCCUGCCCCCUAUUAUCGGGGCUUCCACCCCCCUCCCCUGCCCUCCUUUGCUAAAAGGGGUUUGCUAACUCUCCAGCGGAUGAUCUAUUUUUGAUCUUCUUGUUGUGUGUUUUUCAAGUUUGAGAUGUGUCCCGAAGAUGACCCGGAUCAUCCAAUCAUCGCUUCAUCCGCUACUGCUUGUCACUGUGUGGUACUCAAGGCGGUCAAUAAGGCCAGGUAAAUAACUUAUCACAUAGCAAGUCCCCAUUAAAUGGCCGAAAUACUGCCUCCAGGUGUCCUCUAAAAGGGUUUUCAGCUCAUAUCUUACAUAACAUGUGAAUGCAAAAUGUGAACAAUUCCUCUGAAACUUAUUCCCUCGAUGUAAGUUGCCCAAUACUCGACUUGCUUCGAUCCGAAAAUUGAAUUUUUAACCUUACGAGUGGACAAAUGGUGUCUACUUGACAAAAUGAGUUGUGAAUAAUUUUGCUGCAAGUUGUUUAAAGGCUCUGCAACAAGUUGUCUAUCCGUGCCCGUCUUUUGGAUGGAAUAGAAAUUAUGUAGCAGGCUCACUUGUGGCUAGGUCGGGGAAAAUAGAACUCUAGUGAGACUGCCAGCAGGCGAUCGUCGUUUUGACGAAAUGCAAUAUCGAACGAAAACCGCAUCUCAUACACAGUUGGGAAAAAAAAUUUAUUCGACUAUUACAGGUUGUCAAUGGCUAUGUAUCCAAUAUGCAAUUCGUAUAUAUCUUACUGAAUUUUUAAAAAAACUUUCUAAUACUUAUGUUUCCUUAAGGGUUCAGCUAUGAAGGGCUAUUUGGCAAUUGUUCAUCGGAAUGGGCUCGGAAUGGGCUCUGAGUCAAUCGGUCUCAUGGACUAUUGACUCAUAGGCCAUGAGGGCGAAAGGAAUAAUUGUUUUAGUAAAAUCCAACCAGUUGGUGAAAAAUAUCGAGAAUAAAAAAAUUUAGCUAGUUAAAGCUAGACUUCAAUCCCUUUUUGCCGCCAAGAAGCCCGCGUUUUUCGCUACUAGUGGGCUAUAAUAUAUAGGUCAACCAAUCAGAACGCAGCAUUGAUAAUAGACCACUAGUUGGAUUUUACUAAAAUAUGCUACGUUUUUCUUCUAACAGAGGCAGGGAUGCGUCUAACACAGGUUCGGGUCCAGAGUUUUUUGGCUUUUCUCAUCCAACCAUUCAGUACUUGAUUCAGAGCUUACCUGGUGCCAGAAAAUGCACCAAGUAUCAGUGGGUCAAAUUUGAACUGCCGAAACCACAGAACAAGCAAAGCUCCGGUAAGUUUAUCUUUAAAAAUUACACUUGCUGUUCACUUCCAGUGAAAAAUUACAAAUAACGGUUUUCCAUGUAAUCUUGUUACUGCAGGUUACUGCUACGUUUUCUCAGUCUUGAGCUAAAGUGGAUCAUUUCAGAUUCUUUUUUAUGGUAGCACUAAUCACAGUCUUUACACAGUAAUUUUCAAGGAGUUAUAAUAACUCCUCUAGUGGGGUUAAUUAAAAUCCUUACACUGGGGUCAUUUUUUUGGGAGUUAUUUUAACUCCAAAAAGGAGUUUAAAGAACUCUUUUUCAGGAGUAAAAGUGACCCCAGAUAUUGAGGAGUUAAAAUAACCCCCAAAAGGAGUUAUCCUGCACCUUAAAUUUUUACUCCACUUUCAGAGUUAAAUUAACUCCGAAAAGAGUAAAAACAACCCAUGUAAGGAGUAAAAAUAACCCCAUUUUGGAGUUAUUUUAACUCCAGACUAGGAGUAAAAAGAACUCUUUUUCAUGAGUAAAAAUGACCCUAAAUUCGGAGUUAAAUUAGGAGUUAAAGUAACCCCCAAUGGGGGUUUUCCUGUACCUAAAAUUUUUACUCCAUUUUUGGAGUUAUAAUAACUCCCUAAAAAUUACGGUGUAAGCUUGAGAAAACAGCCGACAUUUGGCGACGCCACCACUUGUUUCCCCGUGAAGUGACGUCUGAGAAGCGAGCGCAGAAAUUCCCUACUGAUGACUCGUCACUACCCAGAUCUGGGGGCGUCGCCAAAUGUCAGCUGUUUUCUCAGGUUAAUUGUCUUUAAAAGGUUUACCGUUUGAGAUUGUUUCCUUCGAUGUGACUUAAACCUUUUUUGAGGUCGUUUUUCAUGGUACUAUUUGGUGUUAAGUAAUUUCAACUUGAAUUUCGUUUCUCGCUGGGUAUGGUGAGCUCCAAAGCGAGGUAUGACUGCAUCUAGUUUAAAGUUAAACGCAUCACUUGCAUGAACGGUUAGAUUUUAUGUUUUUUGUUUGUUAUCGUCGAUACUUUUUAACGUGUAUUUAAGUUUUUGACAAAAGUUUCGGUUAUACAGUUCAAAGAAACCCUAGACUGCUUGUAGUCCGCCUUUUGUCGUAAAAUCCGUCCAGUACUUUCCCAGCCAGCGCGAUUGCAAACGACUACGUUACAAUAAGGAAUCUUUUAGGGCUUACUCUCUCGUUUAUCGCGGCUCACGUGCAUGGGUAACGCAUGGUGUAACUUUGCAAAGAAAAACAAAGGCUGUUUGCAGUCUAAAGAAACCCUUAAGAAUAACAAUGGCCAUUGUUUUCAUUUUCGCUUCGGACUUCGGACGACUGUAAUACCCGGGAGAAAUUGUAAACAAUAACGGUGCAAAAUUUGGGGGGUGGUCGUUGGGACAAACAAAGUGUAUUACAGGCAAUGCGAAAAAGGGAAAAUGGCGGGGUUGAUCUCUACCUAUUCAUGUAACUUAUUUAUAAGUGUAGCAACUCCCUCCACCUGUAUGUUCAGACCCUAAUCCUUAGUGCUUUUGCAGGUAAACAGUCCGGUACAUCUACAGCGGAUCCUUCAGGAGUUGUGCAGGGAAUCCCAGCGACAGCAGACGAGAAUUCCAUCGCCAAUUUAGCUGAUGAAGAAGAUCACAUCACAGGAGCCGUGGCGACGUCCCAUUCGUCAGCUCCGAUAAAUCAUGAUGAAGAAAUGUUCAAAGGUAAUUAACAGUCAAGGUAAACGUUGUGAACUAAUGAUAAUGCUUUGGAUCGAAGCAUUCGUUCGGUUCUAAAUGUGUUCAUGCCUUUUGUCAUCAAUCUCGUCCCCAGGGCAUUUGUGUCGGUAAGUUAGUCUGCCAGUCAUUCCGUCAGUCAGUCAGUCAGUCAGUCAUUCAUUCAGUUAGUCAGUCAGUCAUUCAGUCAGUCAGUCAGUCAGUCAUUCAUUCAGUUAGUCAGUCAGUCAGUCAGUCAGUCAUUCGUUCACUCAGUCAGUAAGUCAGUCAGUCAGUCAGUCAUUCAUUCAUUCAUUCAUUCAUUCAUUCAUUCAUUCAUUCAUUCAUUCAUUCAUUCAUUCAUUCAUUCAUUCAUUCAUUCAUUCAUUCAUUCAUUCAUUCAUUCAUUCAUUCAUUCAUUCAGUCAGUCAGUCAGUCAGUCAGUCAGUCAGUCAGUCAGUCUGUCAGUCUGUCUGUCAGUCAGUCAGUCAGUCAGUCAGUCAUUCAUUCAGUCAAUCAUUCAGUCAGUGAGUCUGUCAUUUUAGUCAGUCAGUCAUUCAGUCAGUCGGUCAGUCUGCAUGUCUGUCUGUCAUGUUAGUCAGUUAUUCAGUCAGUCAUUCACUCAUUCAGUGUGUAUGUCUGCCUGUCAUCUUAGUCAGUUAGUCAGUCAGUCAGUCAUUUAUUUGGCCAUUUGGAACUAAUUUCUCAAGUUACAGAAUAGUACAAGGUAGGCCGAAAAUCAGGUCCCUGUAACUUACCUUAAUAACUUUCUAGAGCCAAACUUUAAUUUGUAACUUUUUGUUGUCGUUUACAGAUUACGCCGAUAUGGGACCGCUCACUCUUGCGUCUACCAUCACUCCCCUCUCGUCUCCAGGCCUCUGCAGUCCAAGUCCCAGCCCGCAGCUGGAUGGCUUAGAUAAUGAAGAAAUGGAUACAGGUAAGCGUCUGUCACGUACAUAGCAUUAAAACACGUUAGAGAAAAGACCACCAUCUUUCAAUAAUUCCAAGCAAAGGAAAAAAAACUUGUUCGCCCUGUUUUGUUUGUUUAUACGACCUAGUUACGAAUCUGUGCUGCAUUAGUUACACAUGUCAACUCGGCAAAUAUAAAGAAGAAAAAAUAAACAUUGGUUAUUUAUAGCAUACAUACCUGAUUACUUAACGAUUUUCUCUUGUCGAUGUUGUUGCUUUUUGAAAAGCUUGAAGUCAGCAAUCUCGACAGCGCUUGUCUUGGUCACCGGUCGAUGUUUUGACAGUGACUGACAAGGAAAAAUGUUGACACCAUUUUCAGACAAUCACUGGAGCAACAACCUCAAGAAAUAAGGUUGUUGCAUGUUGCUGUUUUGGUGAAAAAUAGGGUAUUAGCUGUUGUUAACUGAUUCCGUGCCCUGUUGGAGCUAACCUGCGAUCAGGUGUUCCUUCUUGCCCUUGCACCGACUUUCGCCCUCUCCCGCAAAAAAUGGCUGAUUGCAUGUUAGGUGGGAGCCAGAAGUGCAAACUGAAAUUGAUACAAGUUAAUCAUUGUGUACGCAUACACACAGGGAUGAAUCCACUGAUGUCAUCGCCCUCUCGAUCAGCCUUCCCGACAUCUCUCUCGGACAUGCGUCUAUCGCCACCUCCUACAGGCCAAGCAUCUUUUAUUCUUCAUCCUACAUCGCCACUUUUCGGGAAUAGUUCUGGUUUUCCGGAAACAGGAAUACCGGAAUCACCACCGAAAUAAAGUGUUGUAUCCUGCAGGCAGUGGAGCUCCGUAGUCUAAUUGAGUGCUGUUGGUCUUUAGGCGUCGUACGGUCAUGGACAAUCAUAGCUCGCUCAAAAGCUCGCGCAAAAACUGGAUGGAAUUUUAGUUUAAUUGUGCGAAUUUGGAACACGUCUUACUCCUUUCAUCGCCAUAGUGGAUGAGAGAAGUGAACUCGAAAGAGAAAAGUGUUCACUGGAACAAGAAUGAGGAAAGAACAGGUCACGUAAGUGUUUGGCUACGAACGCGUUCAGUAUCACUGCUCAGCAUCGCUUAUAGCAAGGGACGUCUUCUGCAGUAGAAAGAGUUUAAUUUUACGGCAGUUAUUUAUUGAAUCGAUAGACUGAGGACAGGAACAAAAAUCACAUUUGCAGUGCUACCGACUGUAUUAUCCGUGGUAUCUAAUGGCAUUUGGUAUUUCCAGAUUAUUGCACCCAAAACACAUGCUCUCGCGUGUAAGUUGGGGACAUCUUUUCUUGCAUGCGUUUUUCAAGUUAAGAAAUAACUCAGGAAAAAGACGAUGGCAUGGCCUUAUGUAUGGCACUUAGCUAUCCAGCAUUUUCAGCAAUGCAGAAAGUAGGAGCGAGAGUCUGGUGAAGAAGGCAAAACUGUGAAUGAGUGGUGUGGGGGAGGAAUGCUUUUUGCUCACUUUCUUCCCCUGCUACCCCACCCUUUCCAGUUUUAAAUCUCUAUGUCCGCGAGGCCCCUUUAAGCUCAUCCUUUCACUUAAAACCAUUAAGUUUACAUGGUACGCGUUUUAACCAGGGCCGUGUUGUUCAAAGUUGGGUUUGGAUAUAACCCGGGGUUAGUGCGAAAUUUGAAUUCAGAUUUGAAAGCUUAAAAAGUGAACUGAAUUCAGUUUCAUUCUGUCUGUCAACAAGUUGUUGAUUGGUUUCUCGUAAAAAUAACAGAGAAAAUUAUCCGAGAAAGUGCGUUUGAACAACAAAAAAAAGAAACCCUGUAUUAAGCGCUAAACGGCUUUCGGACAAGUGGGCCCAGGAAUUAAUGUUAUGGGAAUAUCUGGCAUGAUCACGCUAGACAAUUUUUCUUCUGCUGAUAUUUUGACAGCUUUGCCCCAUCGAUAUAUCACUUGCCUUUAAAAAAUGUUUGAGAAUAAAACGAGAGAGAGAAAGCAAAAAAUAAAUGGAAAAAAACUUCGAAAACAUAUACAGUUCGACCGUGUCCUGGUCCAAGUCGUAAUUUCUAGAGUUUUUUUAAAGCCGCUCGUGGUUAAAACGUUCACGUGUUUUGCAGUCGUUUUAUGCGCACCAACAAAUACCGUAAUUUACCUGCGUAACAUUAUAAAUAAAUUGAGGACAGGAAUAAGCUGAAACAAGUUUCAGAAAGUGUAGUACUCGAUAUAGAGGAAGCUCUUUCGUGAAUAAAAAAAAUAUUCACGAAAGAGCUUCCUCUAUAUCAAGUAACUUCUGGAAACAACCGCCACUAUUGUAAAACAACUACUCGAUCAACUGUAGUCCUUUCAUAAAGGACAGGAAGAGAAGAUACUGAUUUAGCUGAUUACACGCCGCUUACUUUGAUUGUUAAAUGCCGGGAAGAAGGGGAAAACGCUCGCUGACCAUUUGUAUAUUCUUCUAGAAUUUUUUCCAAGAACUUCACUCCCGCCCGCUCUAUCCUUAUAAUCUUGAAACAGGUUAGAUAUGCCUGUUCCUGUUUCAUAUGCUUCCUGUUUUACCGUCUAGUUUGGUUACUUCGAUUCGUCUUGAUUUAAUUUGCCAGAUUUAUUUUGCUUGACUUAGUUUUUAGUGAAAAGAAGAAAAGGUUUUGAAUCAGGAAUCAUAUACAAACGUAGGCUCUAUCUCGAGGAUUUGAGUAUGAAAACAAAUAUGCCCAAAAAGGCGAAAGUAGAAUAUAAUCAACGAGGCCUAGUUGGAAUCUUUGCGAGAUAACAGAGGCCUGUUUGUUUGUUUCUAACUGCUUCAAGUCAACUAACAGCAUUUUCUAACUUCCCUAAGUGGAUGAAAGCUACUGAGCAGUACUUUCCAGUGGUUCUGUGUAUUAUGCUGCACAAGAUGGUCCAACAGUUUGUUUCUGUGCGUGGGUGAUUUCCUAAAUGAGUGUGACCAUUCAAAUGAAAACUACUGAGUAGUACUUUCCUGCUGUGGUGCUGUUUAUUAGGCUUUAAAAAGAGGUUCUAACUUUGAAUGACAACCGUUUUGGUUUAUUUUUGUUUUGAAUUUUGCGUGGUCCAAAGAUAACAGGGACAGGGUUAUCUUCUUUUGGUGUGGAGAAUAUCCAGAAAAGAGAGGGCAGUUCCUGUUCCAUAAAAAAAUAAACACUUCAUAAGUUACUCCAGGGCAAGCUUAUCCACAAUCGACCUUUUUCGGUGUGUUCGAAUACUUAUAAUCCAUUAAUUGUCAGCCCCGUGAUCAUAAACUGUAACAGGACUGCGCGUGUUGCGGAAACUUCUUCUCCCGGCGUUUUACAACUUCCUUGGAUCAAAGUGCAAGUCAAGCAACUGUUCUGUCGAAAGUUACUAAACAGUACUUAUUUGUAUUGUUUUUUUAUUUUACAUAAACAGUAGUUUUUAAUUUUGAAUUUGUAUAGAUAAAACGAAAGGUAGCGAUUAGUCAGUUCUCAGGGGCACCCAACGUCAUUUUUCGGAAAAUAUCUGUUCGGAAGACGAUUUGAGAUCUAGAAUUUUCGGAACAUUUGUUGUAAAAUUUCUUGCUUGCCUGCCUCUCCUAGGAUUUUCGAACAUCUAAAAAGUGGUAUAAUUGCCCUUUUUUAACGGAUUUUUACCCUAAAAAGGUCACCAAGAAUUUUCGGGAGCCUUUUUUCGGGCUGAAAUUUUCGAAAAGGUAAGUUAUGAUCCCUAUAAUUUUCCGAAUCACUAGACUUUCAGCAAGGAAAUCCCAACAGAUGAAAAAGUUUUAGGGGAUAAAAAUAUGCCUAUAUCUACCGUUUAAAUACUAAAAUACGUUCAGCAAUGCUAUGUUUUGGUGGUUUUGAACUAUAUUCUCGUUGGGUGCCCCUGAGUCCUUUCUGUGGUACUGUCUAUUUAAGUUCGCUGUCUGACAAGUGAUGAACUCCAAGUACAACUAUUCAGCUUUCACCCAUAAAGUCCCUUACUUGAUUUUCAACCGAAAGAAUUUAGUGACUCCAGGUAUUUUACAACAUGUGUCGCA